AUGGCGCCCACCAAGGACACCAUGUUCCGCUCGGCGGACAUGUCCCUGACCCAGCUCUACAUCGCCAAUGAGAUUGGUCGCGAGGUCGUCUCGGCCCUCGGAGAGCUUGGGGUCAUGGAUUUCAGAGAUCUCAACUCGGAAACGACAGCCUUCCAACGUACCUUCACCCAGGAGAUUCGCCGCCUCGACAACGUAGAGCGCCAGCUCCGAUACUUUCGCAGCCAGAUGGAGAAGUCCAGCAUCCCGAUGCGCUCCAUCUACGACUUCAACAACCCAUUCACCGCACCCUCGGCCUCAGAGAUUGAUGAACUUGCGGAUAAGAGCCAAAGCUUGGAACAGAGGAUCUCGUCACUGAAUGAGAGCUAUGAGACACUGAAGAAGCGCGAAGUGGAGCUCACAGAGUGGCGUUGGGUGCUGAGGGAGGCUGGCGGCUUCUUCGACCGGGCGCGUGGCCAGACUGAGGAAAUCAGGCAAUCUGUCGAUGACGAUGACGCGCCGCUACUCCAGGAUGUUGAGCAGAAUGGACAAGGCGACUCGGGCGCUGAGCGCUCCUUCACCGUCAUGAACAUCGGUUUUGUCGCCGGUGUCAUUCCUCGCGAACGCAUUGCCGCCUUCGAACGCAUCCUGUGGCGUACUCUUCGUGGCAACCUGUACAUGAACCAGUCGGAGAUCCCUGAGCCCAUCAUCAAUCCCGAGAACAACGAGGAGACUAGCAAGAAUGUCUUCAUCAUCUUUGCUCACGGCAAAGAGAUUAUCGCCAAGAUCCGCAAGAUCUCAGAGUCGCUCGGUGCCGAUCUAUACAGCGUGGACGAGAACAGCGAGCUGCGACGGGACCAGAUCCGCGAAGUCAACACUCGCUUGAGCGACCUAGCUAGUGUCCUGAAGAACACCAAGUCUACGUUGGAUGCCGAGUUGACCGUGAUUGGACGCAACCUCGCCGCAUGGAUGGUCGUCAUCAAGAAAGAGAAGGCUACGUACGAGACGCUGAACAAGUUUUCGUACGACCACCAGCGCAAGACGCUCAUUGCCGAGGCCUGGGCGCCUACCAACUCGCUUGGACUGAUCAAGUCAACCUUGUCGGACGUCAAUGAGCGCGCUGGUCUUUCGGUCCCCACGAUUGUUAACCAGAUCAAGACCACCAAAACGCCACCGACUUACUUCAAGUCGAACAGGUUCACUGUGGGCUUUCAGACCAUCAUCGACGCUUACGGAACUAUCAAGUACCGUGAAGUCAACCCUGCUCUGCCAGCCAUUGUCACCUUCCCGUUCAUGUUCGCUGUCAUGUUUGGUGAUGCCGGACACGGUGUUAUCCUCACUCUUGCAGCAUUGGCCAUGAUUCACUUUGAAAAGCGACUUGAGCGCAGCAAGCUUGAUGAGCUGUUCUCUAUGAUGUUCUACGGUCGUUAUAUUGUCUUUAUGAUGGGUAUCUUCUCCAUCUACACCGGUCUCCUCUACUGCGACGCCUUUUCUCUUGGUCUCCCUUGGUUCAAGUCUAUGUGGGUGUGGGACAACGACGGCAAGGGCCCAACGGCAACCCGUGUCGAGGGUUACACCUACCCAUUCGGUCUGGACUACCGCUGGCACGAUACCGAGAACGACCUGCUGUUCUCCAACAGUUACAAGAUGAAGCUCAGUAUCUUGCUCGGUUGGUGCCACAUGACGUUCUCGCUCAUGUGGUCGCUCGUCAACGCACGCUACUUCAAGACGAAGAUUGAUAUCUGGGGUAACUUUGUUCCCGGCAUGAUCUUUUUCCAGUCCAUCUUCGGUUACCUCUCCUUUACUAUUGUGUACAAGUGGUGCAUUGACUGGCCUGCCCGCGGCGAAAGCCCACCUAGUUUGUUGAACAUGCUGAUCUACAUGUUCCUGAGCCCCGGUACCCUUGAGGCGGGUACAAAGCCGCUCUACCCCGGCCAGGCUACCAUCCAAGUCAUCUUGGUGCUGAUGGCUCUUGCCUGCGUUCCUGUCUUGUUGUUCUUGAAGCCGUUCUACCUUCGCUAUGAGCACAACAAGGCGCGUGGUCUGGGUUACCGUGGCAUUGGCGAGAGUACUCGCGUCAGCGCUCUGGAUGACGACGAGGAAGACGGCCGUCCUUUGAACGGUGGUCGUGACAGCUUCGGAGAUGACGACGACGGCAUUGCUAUGAUUACGCAAGACAUUGGCCAUGGUGAAGAGCACGAAGAGUUUGAGUUUAGCGAAGUCAUGAUCCACCAGGUCAUUCACACGAUUGAAUUCUGUCUCAACUGCGUGUCGCACACUGCAUCUUACCUCCGUCUGUGGGCCCUGUCGCUCGCCCAUCAGCGUCUGUCGAUUGUGCUGUGGGAGAUGACGAUGAAGAAUGCGUUUGCGUUUACGGGUGUUGCGGGUGCGUUUGUCAUGGUGUUUGUGUUCUACUUCUGGUUCGCACUCACGGUGGCUGUGCUGUGUGUUAUGGAGGGUACCAGUGCCAUGUUGCAUUCGCUGCGUCUGCACUGGGUCGAAGCCAUGAGCAAGCAUUUUAUUGGUGAUGGCGUGCCUUUUGAGCCGUUUAGCUUCAAGGUGCUCCUCGAGGAGGAUCCUGUAGAGUAG